UAGAAACAUUUCAAUGCAUUGUGGGUGAAUAAAAACACUUGUCGCUUCCCAGAUUUUGUAUCGUCUCCAAUUGUCUCCCCGAUUUUAUGGUGUACAAAUAUUAAAUUACGGAUACGUUAUCGUAUUGUGUCUAUCUUCGUUGGACUUUAUUUCUCCACACAUUCAGUUGAGAUAUUUGCGAGGAACCGAACGCUUGGCGAAAGGGGAAAUUUUCGUGCUCUACGUCUACUUAGUCGACGGACCUGAAUCGACGAUUCUAAACUUGUUGCAAUAGAAGGAAUUUGGUGCAAGCAAUGGGGGUAUCCCGUCAAAUAUUACUUUUAUCUUCCUCUACUGUUCAUGGAACUGAAUAUCUGAAAUAUGCAGAAAAUGAAAUCAAAUCCUUCUUGAAAAAUAAAAAUGUCCAAAGGAUUCUUUUUAUUCCAUAUGCUCUUCAAAAUCAUGAUGAGUACACUGAUAAAAUACGAAGUGCCUUUGUUAAAUUAGGUUAUGAAGUUGAUGGCAUUCAUAAAACAUCAGAUCCUAUUUUGGCAUUAAAUCAAGCUCAGGCUGUAUAUGUUGGAGGGGGAAAUACAUUCCAACUAUUAAAAUCUUUGUAUGACAAUUGUCUCUUGGAACCCAUAAGAAAAAAAGUUUUGCAGGAAGGACUGCCUUAUAUUGGAAGUAGUGCAGGAAGUAAUGUGGCAACAGUUAGUAUUUGCACCACAAAUGAUAUGCCAAUUGUGUAUCCCCCUAGUUUCAAAGCCCUUGGAUUGGUGCCUUUCAACAUUAAUCCUCAUUUCUUAGAUGCAGAUCCAACCUCCAAACAUAUGGGAGAAACUAGAGAAGAAAGGAUUAAACAAUAUCAUGAGUUACCUGAUGUUCCUCCAGUUCUGGGAUUGAGAGAAGGCUGCAUGUUACAUGUAGAUGGGGAUAAAGCUACUCUGAAAGGAAUAUCUGGAGCGAAGCUUUUUGAUCCAUCUAAAGGUGCUUCAGAUUAUGAAGUUGGAUCGGAUGUGAGUUUUCUACUAAACACCCAAACGUUGAACAAAAAGGCCAAACCAGUUUUAGGGGAAGGAGAAAAUGAUAAGAGUACAGAUAAA